AUGGCUGCUAAAAAGCUCGUUUAUCCUGCGGCGGACCGUAAUAAGGAUCCCAUAUUAUCGGUUUUAAAACGAUACAUCCAACGCGGCACCAAUCAGACUUUCUUGGAGAUAUCCUCCGGUUCGGGACAGCAUGUGGCGCAUUUCGCGUCGCAUUUUCCACACGUCACGUUUUAUCCCUCGGAGUACGAGCCACGACUUCUGGAGAGCAUUGCUGCACACGCAAACGGACACUCGAAUAUAAAAAGCCCUAUAAGAAUUGAUGUUACCGAAGAUUACCGGCUGUGGGGUAAUGGUAUCUUCAAGCCGAACAGCUUAGAAUAUAUAUAUAACGCAAACAUGAUGCAUAUUUCGCCGUAUCAAUGCACCAUCGGUUUAUUUAAUAAUGCGGGACAAUUGCUGAAGUCGAACGGGCUGCUAAUUACGUAUGGACCAUACGCUUUUGAUGGUCAGAUCACACCUCAGAGUAAUGUAAAUUUCGACAAGUCUUUAAGAUCGCAGGAUCCGAGUUGGGGUUUACGAGAUGUAAGAGAUUUGAAAAAGUUGGCUGAGGAGCAUAAUAUUAAAUUAAUCCAGAUUGUGGAUAUGCCUGCUAACAAUAAUACAUUAAUUUGGAGAAAAAUUAUGCAUUUGUAA